GAACGCCUGGUAUGACUACCUGACAGACUACGACGGUGCUCGUGAGGAUGACAUCGACGAGAGGUCUCUCCACACCACGCAGCAGCGACUUGCAGCGAUUGUGGAUGCAGAGGCCGCGCUCAUGGGUGAUCAUGGCAGAGUUUUCCUGGGUGGGGCAUCCCAGGGCUGUUGUGCUGCCUUUGAUGCCUUCGCACGGCAUCCCCGGCGUUUGGGAGGAUUUGUUGGAUUUGUGGGCCACCCGCUGAAAUGCACGCCUCUGCACUGCUCUGCCCAGCGUGACGUGCCGUGCUCCUUCUACAACGCUGCUGAAGAUGACACCAUGAGGACUCAUUGGGUGCUGCCCGCAAUUCGAAGGCUGCGCGCCGCAGGUUGGACCCAGGUGAAAAUCGAAGUUGCAGAGGGAGCCGAUCACGGCACAUCAGAUGAGCUGGAAAACGAGUGGAUGGAUAGCUUUCUUGCAACUGUUUUUGCAAGAUUGUAG